UGCAAAAUGGCGUCGGGAGUGAGACAGGAGCUUGCUCAGCUAAUGAAUUCAAGUGGAUCCCACAAAGAUCUUGCGGGAAAAUAUCGACAAAUUUUGGAGAAAGCCAUUCAGUUCACAGAUGCCGAGCAGCUGGAAGCACUAAAAGCAUUUGUUGAAGCAAUGGUCAACGAGAACGUCAGCUUAGUCAUAUCAAGACAACUGCUGACUGAUUUCUGCACGCACCUCCCGAGUCUACCAGACGCGACAGCGAAAGCAGUGUACCACUUCACCCUCGAGAAGAUUCAGCCCAGAGUUAUCUCUUUUGAAGAGCAGGUGGCAUCAAUAAGGCAGCAUUUAGCUACAAUUUAUGAGAAGGAGGAAGACUGGAGAAAUGCUGCACAGGUUCUUGUCGGUAUACCUUUGGAGACAGGACAGAAGCAGUACAAUGUAGACUAUAAGUUGGACACAUACCUGAAAAUUGCUCGGCUUUACCUGGAAGAUGAUGAUCCGGUUCAGGCUGAGGCGUACAUCAACCGCGCUUCCCUGCUUCAAAACGAGUCCACCAAUGAACAGCUCCAAAUCCAUUAUAAGGUAUGCUAUGCAAGAGUCCUUGACUAUCGGAGGAAGUUCAUAGAGGCAGCGCAGCGGUACAAUGAGCUCUCCUAUAAAUCCAUUGUCCAUGAGAGUGAGCGUCUAGAGGCCCUGAAGCAUGCCCUUCAUUGCACCAUUCUGGCCUCUGCAGGUCAGCAGCGCUCUCGUAUGUUGGCGACGUUGUUCAAAGAUGAGCGAUGUCAGCAGCUGGCUGCCUAUGGCAUCCUCGAAAAGAUGUACCUGGACCGUAUUAUCCGCGGGAACCAGCUGCAGGAGUUUGCGGCCAUGCUCAUGCCCCAUCAGAAAGCUACCACAGCAGAUGGGUCCAGUAUUUUAGACCGAGCAGUCAUAGAGCACAAUCUGCUAUCAGCCAGCAAGCUUUACAACAACAUUACUUUUGAAGAGUUGGGGGCACUGCUAGAGAUUCCACCAGCGAAGGCUGAAAAAAUUGCCUCACAGAUGAUUACAGAAGGACGAAUGAAUGGCUUCAUUGACCAGAUAGAUGGCAUUGUCCACUUUGAAACACGUGAGCCACUGCCCACCUGGGACAAGCAGAUCCAGUCACUGUGCUUCCAGGUCAACAACCUGCUGGAGAAGAUCAGCCAGGCAGCACCAGAAUGGACAGCACAGGCUAUGGAGGCCCAGAUGACCCAGUAACCUAACUCUCACCUCCUGAUCAAUACCCACUGUGUCCUCUCACCACAUGUAGGUCAAACAUCACACAAGCACUAUGGAGGAGCACUUGGACUGGCCAUUCGACUGCUUUGUUUAGAUGUUUUCAGAUGACAUCUUGGUUUGCCGUCCGGAUAAUGUGGUGGUGAAACAUUCACAGCAGCCCCCUUGAAGUUCUGAGAUUAUUUAUACAUUCAUACCGUGUGAAGAUGAGGUGCCUAAUAAACGUGUAUGGUAAUCUCUCACAGUGGCUCAGUGUUGGACAUUUGACUCCCAGCCUUAAACACAGCGCUUAUUUGGUUCCUUUGAAAAAUGGAUAAGAAAAGAUUGAUGUGCUGGACUUUUGGCUUAUAAUGUUAUUAGCCUGGCUGCCUUGCACUCUGAGUUAGGCUGCUCUACUGUAAAUUACCAAUUCAUCGUUACUGGAGUUCUUGAUUAUUGUAGAAUUUUCAUUACAUUCAACUCUGUUCUCUUCUAUGGGAUUGAAUGUCGUAUCAGGAGCAUUUUUGAAUCCUUGAAAUGAACCAGACCAAUUCUGGAGCAAGCAUACCAGUACAAAUGCUUAAUAAUAAAAGAUCAAUAUUUGACCAUUCAUAAACAGGUGAUGCUUACUAACAUUAAUCGCAGUCAUUUGCUUUUCAUUUAUUUAAGCACAAGUAUCUUUUGAUGUUUCAAUGUUGUUUCAGCCCUUAAGUGUGUGUUCUACUGACCUAAAUAAAUCUGAA